AUGGCGUCUUCAGGCGGUCUCUCACGGCGCCGUGUCGGCGGUGGUGGCGCUUCAUCAUCCUCAACGAUGUACAACGAUGUAGACGACGACAACGGGACCAAUGGCAUGAGUCGACGUGGUUCGUCGAUGUCGAAUGGCCAGGGAAAUGGUGCAUCGGCACCGGUGCAGCAUGCGGGCUCAGCAUUUGAAGGCGGGAGCAAGAUCGCGUUUGACCCUCGAGAUUUGCAGCAGGACGCUAGCGAGGAGGCGAGGAUUGGCGGAAAGAUGCCGCGAUUGACAAUCAUGGAGGAGGUAUUGCUGCUGGGUAUUAAGGACAAACAGGGAUAUCUAUCAUUUUGGAACGACAACAUUUCGUAUGCUUUGCGGGGAUGUAUUUUGAUUGAGCUGGCGCUACGACGACGAAUAGCCCUGUUCAAGGACCCCAACAGGCGACGGGUGCCCAUCGCAGAGCGUAUUGUUGAGGUUAUCGAUGACCGGCAGACGGGGGAGACAAUUCUGGAUGAGGCGUUGAAGAUGAUGAAGGCACAGCAGGAGAUCGAGAAAUUAAGCAUUAAUUCAUGGAUAGACCUUAUGAGCGGAGAAACGUGGAAUGUCAUGAAAAUUGGCUUCCAACUCAAACAAGUCAGAGAACGUCUGGCAAAAGGCCUCGUAGAUAAAGGCGUGUUGCGCACAGAAAAGCGCAACUUCCUCCUCUUUGACAUGGCGACGCACCCUGUAGCGGACGUGCGCACUAAGGAAUCCAUCAUCAACCGCGUGGUGUCGCUACUCACUAGCACGACUUCUGCUAUCCCCCCAUCCGCACUCGACAAAGAGGGCGUGCAGUGCCGCGUGCUUCGGGCUGUCUGUCUCGUUUGUACCGCAUAUACCGCCAGCGUGCUUGAUAACGCGUUUGGGCGACUUGGUUAUGAGGAAAGAGAGGCAGCGUUCCAGCGGUGUGACGAGAUUCUGGGCGAGUUCGUGUGUUGGCCGUAUGGCUCCGCCGGAGGGUUGGGGCCGGGCGCUGGCCAGCAUAUGACACCAGCCACGGCUGCAGGGCGGAGGAGACAGGCGUCGAGGCUGGCGAGUGGAGGUGGUCUUGAAGUCGGAGGCAGGGAAGUGGUUAUUGGGCUAGUGCAGGAGGUUCGAAAGGAAGCGGUGGGAGGGGAUGAGGAUACGGGCUUUGAGCUCAUUGCAGGUGUACUGGAGGUGUUGUCCAAACUUGAUUCGUUGCUUUGA